CAGAGUGUGGACCACUGUGGCCAAGGUACGGGCACAGCUGGUGCAUAAGCUUUAACUGUGCAAAAGCUCCCCUGGCCACCUCUGAAACCUGGGGUUCCAGGCUCAGCACUUAAUCUAGGAUCACUCCCAAGCUGCGAACCUGCGCCUUCUGGGGGAGUGUAACUCCGUCAAGCACAGGCUAUAACCCUAUGCCCUGUUUGGCCUUGCGACUGACCAGGAGGACCUCUGUCUUUCUGGAUUUAGUUUCAAUUUGUUUGCUCUCAUCCAGUCCGUUACAGCCGCCAAGCACUCGUUCAGGACUUGAACAGCCUCCUUAGUAGCAGGUGGGAAGGAGUGACAGAGUUGGACAUCAUCUGCCAGAGUAAGAAUGAAUACACAAUGUCCUAGUGACACUGUCUGGAAUUAGCCCUGUAGAUAAGAUACAACUGACUGAGUUAAUGCGUAGAUCUAACACUGGCUGCCUCACUUGAAAGUGUUAAAAGCCAUUCAUGUCCUGCCAAAAAGGACUGGGGAGGAAGCAGUCCUGUUCAAUUGCUGUACCUGCCGUGCCCCCCUUUUUUUUUUUUUGAAGUGAUCUUGGAAUGAGUAGGACCUUUGUUCUCUUGCAAAAGUCUGGCACUUUGUGAGGAAAAACGCUUUUGUUCAAAGGGGUUGGAGCACUUGAUGCUCUUAGCCUUACCCAGACUUUGGACUGGUCCGUCAGGUUUAUUUUUAAACCAGAGAGUAAUGACACUAACCGAAGGUAUUUCACCGAGUGAAGGUUUUCUUCCCACCUCCUCCCAGCCUCAGCAAGUCUCCUGAGAGGGAUCAGGCAGGACGGAGUGGAAAUGGUUGACCAAGAAAGUAAGCGGAUCUCCCUUGAGAUGAACGAGAAGGAAGGUGUGGACAACAAUGGAUUCAUCCAGAGUGAGGAGGUGGAAAUGGAGGAAAUGGAGGCAGGUGCCAACAGCUUUGAAGCCUUGCCAAAACAAUGUGCCGUUGGUGUGAGUUUAGAAACUAUGCAAGAAUUAACUCUACGGCCUUAUGCUGGGAUGCCCAAAGAGGUCCUUCUUCAGUUUUCAACUCAGGCACGCUACCGAGUUACCAGAGAAAUACUUUUUUGGUUGAUCAUUGCUGCUUCCCUGGUGCUUGUGGCAGCUACGAUUGCAAUAAUUGUCAUGUCCCCUAAAUGCCUUGGCUGGUGGCAAGCUGGCCCCAUCUACCAAAUCUAUCCUCGGUCAUUUAAAGACACCGACAAGGAUGGAAAUGGCGAUCUCAAAGGUAUCCAAGAAAAACUGCAGUAUGUCCAGGAUCUCAACAUAAAAACAAUUUGGAUCACAUCCUUUUACAAAUCAGCAUUCCAAGACUUCGGCUAUGGAAUAGAGGACUUUGAAGACAUAGACCCRUUGUAUGGGACAAUGAAGGAUUUUGAAAACCUGGUGGCAGCGAUCCAUGAUAAAGGUUUAAAAGUGAUAAUGGAUCUCAUCCCAAACCAUACUAGUGACAAACACAAGUGGUUUCAGCUUAGUCGCAACCGAACUGAAAAGUACACAGAUUAUUACAUCUGGCACGACUGUAUGAGUGUCGAUGGGCAAGUUACACCACCAAAUAACUGGGUGAGCAUAGCGGGAAAUUCCAGUUGGCAGUAUGAUGAUGUGAGAGAACAAUGUUACUUACAUCAGUUUGGAAAAGAACAGCCAGAUUUAAACUUUCGUAACCCAGAUGUUCAAGAUGAAAUUCAUAAUGUUAUUCAGUUUUGGCUUAGCAAAGGCAUCGAUGGAUUUAGCAUCCGCACUGUUAAAUUCCUUCUGGAAGCAACGCACCUGAGAGAUGAGCCUCAAGUGAAUAAAUCCCAAAAUCCGGACAGUAUUAAAACCUAUUCUGAACUGUACCAUGACUAUACCACCACCCAAGUUGGCAUGCAUGAUAUAGUCCGCAGUUUCCGGCAUACAAUGGAUAAGUUCAGCAGCGAACCUGGGAGAUACAGAUUUAUGGGAACUGAAGCCAAUGAUGGAGAGAACAUAGAAAAAACUAUGAUGUAUUAUGGAACACCAUUUAUCCAAGAAGCAGACUUUCCUUUUAAUCUUCACUUCAUGAACAUGCAACAAAUCUCGGGAGAUGCUGUUUUUGAAAUUGUAGCUUUGUGGAUGAAAAAUAUGCCAACUGGGAAAUGGCCAAACUGGGCGGUUGGAGACCUCAACACUGCACGAAUCUCCUCUCGGGUUGGAAGGGAAUACAUAAAUGUGAUAAAUAUGCUUCUUCUAACUCUUCCUGGAACACCUGUGACCUAUUAUGGUGAAGAAAUAGGGAUGGAAGAUAUCACUUCAGAGGCUGCAUCCUUUCCAGAAAAGUCACCUAUGCAAUGGGAUGGUGGUGAUUAUGCUGGCUUUACUGGGGGCAAUUCAACUUGGCUUCCUGUAAAUCCUGACUAUCCAAAUAUGAAUGUGCUUGUUCAACAGAGUCAACCAAAUUCUACCCUCAACUUGUAUCGAGAACUUAAUUCACUUCGCAACAACGAACUCCCCAUUCAAAGGGGAUGGAUGUGUUAUAUUUGGAAUGACAGCGAUGUUUUUGCAUAUGUGAGAGAAAUUGAUGGGUUGGACCAAGUGUUUAUGAUGGUCCUGAAUUUUGGACAGGAGGCUACAACAGACCUGCAAGCUUUGGUUCCUGAACUUCCUUCAGAUGUCGUUGUAAAGCUAAGCACCAACCCAAACAACAAGGGCAAAGGUGUAAAAACAAGCUCUAUCAAAACUGAAAAGGGCGAAGGGCUGAUUUUGGAAUACAGGACAAACCAGCCCAUCCACAACAUGAAAACUUUAGAAGAGAAAUGUUUUAUAGCAGAAAAGGCAUGCUAUUCUAGUGCCUUCAAUCUACUCUAUAUGUACUGCUAAGUGCCAGUGACUGUUUAUUCCAGAUCCAUGACUUGAAAAUCAUUUAUAAUUUCUUGACGAAAGGACUGCCGAUGUGUUGAAAGGCUUAGAAUACAUUUUGUUAUCAUUUCAGCACACAUAAACAGAUAAUAGAAAUGUUACCCAUCAGUUUCAAUGAUUUACUUUAUAGUAUAUUUC